GGGGGGUAACCACUUCCGGGAAAGAGCGGAAGCCGGUGGACUGUUGGAGGCGGGUUCGAGAUGGCGGCACCUUUGAGGAUUCAGAGCGACUGGGCCCACGCCCUCAGGAAGGAUGAAGGGGAAGCCUGGCUGAGCUGUCACCCCCCAGGGAAACCAACUUUGUAUGGCAGCCUGACUUGUCAAGGAAUUGGCCUGGAUGGCAUCCCAGAGAUCAUAGCUUCAGAAGGAUUCAUUGUAAAUGAAAUAAACAAGAAAAGCAUUCAUAUUUCAUGUCCAAAGGAAAAUGCAUCUGCGAAGUUUUUGGCACCAUACACUACUUUUUCCAGAAUUCAUGGAAAGAGUAUAACAUGCCUAGACAUUUCCAGUGGAGGAGGCCUUGGUGUAUCUUCUAGUACUGAUGGGAGCAUGAAGAUCUGGCAGGCUUCCAAUGGAGAGCUCAGAAGAGUGUUGGAAGGACAUGUGUUUGAUGUGAAUUGUUGCAGGUUUUUCCCAUCAGGCCUUGUGGUUCUGAGUGGGGGAAUGGAUGCCCAACUGAAGAUCUGGUCUGCUGAAGAUGCUAGCUGUGUGGUCACUUUCAAAGGUCACAGAGCAGGUAUUCUGGAUACUGCCAUUGUUGAUCGGGGGAGGAAUGUGUUAUCUAGUUCUCGAGAUGGGACAGCUCGACUUUGGGAUUGUGGCCAUUCCGCCUGCCUGGGAGUCAUUGCCGACUGUGGUUCGUCCAUCAACGGAGUGGCUGUGGGGGCUGCUGACAAUUCCAUAAACCUUGGUUCCCCUCAGCAGGUGCCUAGUGAACGAGAAGUUGGAACAGAGUCAAAAAUGCUGCUAUUGGCCCGGGAAGAUAAGAAGCUUCAGUGCUUGGGACUACAAAGCAGGCAGCCGGUAUUCCUCUUUAUUGGUUCAGAUGCCUUCAACUGCUGUACUUUUCUCUCUGGCUUCUUGUUACUGGCUGGAACACAGGAUGGAAACAUUUAUCAGUUGGAUGUGAGAAGUCCAAGGGCUCCCGUACAAGUCAUCCGAAGGUCAGGAGCUCCAGUUCUGUCCCUGCAGAGUUUCAGAGGUGGAUUCAUUGCUAGCCAAGGUGAUGGAAGCUGUUUCAUUGUUCAGCAAGACCUAGACUAUGUCAUUGAGCUCACCGGAGCUGACUGUGAUCCUGUGUACAAGGUAGCCACAUGGGAGAAGCAAAUCUACACAUGCUGUCGAGAUGGUCUUGUGCGACGUUAUCAGCUCUCUGACCUCUAAGCCCUGAAGAGGAGAGUCCCCUAUUAAAAAAAAAAAAAAGGGGAUUGACACAGAUCAACAUUAAUUAGUAAACAUCAUUAGCCCAUUCUAGGGACCAUGGCCUUUUAUUGUCUUGGUGGCCUUUUAAAAAUCACAGAAAGUCAGCUACAUUAUGCUAUGUGAAGCUGUCAUUCCAUGACAAGACCUACUUUGAAGUGAUAAACUCACAUGCCCUCGCUGCAACACAUGGCAAAAAUUUGGAAGCUUGAAGUUUGACCUCACACUAGAUAUGUUAAAUGUUUACAAGGAUCAAAGCCUGAAUCCUGUUCUCUGAUGGAAAUAAAGAUACUAUGUUUGGA